UUCAAAUUUCAAUUUCAACCCACUAUUUCCCCACCAGUGAGCGAGAGCAUCCGAUAAGGCCUUCCCGGCGACAUCUACGCCUUUCUCUGACACCGCCGAUCUUCAGCAACAAGCUGUGACGUCAAUACAAAUCCCAAAAUCACCUCUCAUUUUCGCACUCUGUCUCUCCCAGCUCGAAUUACGAAUGGCCGAUCAGAAUCCUGCGGUGCCAGAACCGAAGAGCGGCUCCGAUGCGUCUUCUCGGAUCGGGGAAGUGAGUGAGUGGCUGGCGAAGACAUUCGAAGCCGCCGGCAAACCCGUCCCAGAGUUUGAGUACACGCCUCGCAGCGUCUCGCAUUUGCAUGGCCUCUUAACCGUCUCCAAAGCCAAAGACGAAGCUGCGCGUCUCGUCGCUCGGGAUUUCCGCCAGAAGGCUUCUGAGUACCGAUCCCAAGCUGCUAGAAUUAGAGAGAUUUUGGAGAAUGUGGGUUUGGCACAGGAGAGUUUGCCUUCAAAUGUGGUUGCAUCUGCACAAGUUCUUGCCAAUGUGGCUAACUUGUUGAAUAUAAGGGACACUGAACUCAGUAGCUUUCUUGUAGCAAUGGGUGAUAUUUCCUUGCGGAAAACUGGUGUUGAGGAGAAAAGGGCUAAAGUGCAGAAAGAGUCCAAGGUUCUCCUUGACUACACUAGAAAGGCUAUAGCCAGACUUACAUAUCUAAAAAGAACUCUUGCCCAACUAGAAGAUGAAUUACCUCCAUGUGAGGUUCAGAUGGAAAACUGGAAGACAAACUUGCAAGUAAUGGCUGCAAAAGAAAGACAAUACAUACAACAAUGCGCCAAUUACAAGGCAGUACUCAAUCAUGCAGGCUAUACCCCAGAGAUUAGCCACAGGGUGUUAGUUGAAAUGGCUGAGCAUAAAAAGGAGUUGGAGAAGAAAACUAAGCCCAUCCUUGAGACACUAAGGAGCUACCAAGAUUUGCCUCCGGAUAAAGCUUUGGCUGCCUUGGCUAUUGAGGAUAAGAAAAGACAAUAUGCUGAUGCGGAGAAGUAUCUUGAAGAUGUAUUGCAAUCGGCUCUUGCCAAUUCAGGGUGAUAUACUACCAUCCAUUUUUUAAAUUUCGUUUUUUAUCUUACUUUCGAAAAUGUUUGCUUAUUGAGUUGUUGUAGGCUUGUCUCUUGAAAAUACGCUAAAAGGUUAUGCAUUUCUAGGUUAUGGCUUUGCUACUUGCUAGUAGUACACACAACCUAAUUGUGAGAUAUUAGUGCUUGAGUAUCUAUUAAGUUCGACAUUGAUUGUCACAAUGGUUGAAUACUAAUCUGCUUCCAUCAA